AGACCAUGGCAGAGCUUGCAUUGAACAUCCUACGACUUUUGUUCUUAAAAAUCUCAAUCUUAUUGUCAGUCACGUAUGCGAUAACCCCGUUUGUGUUAGAAGAGCAACUGCUGUGGGAAUCAUCGGACGAAGGCGAAGUUUCAACUUAUCGAAUUCCCAUCAUCAAGCAAAUGCCAAAUGGAGACCUCCUCGCCUUCAGCGAAGCGCGAAAAUACAGCUCCGCGGAUGCCGGGGCGAAGUUCAUCGCCAUGCGCCGCUCAUCAAACAGCGGGCAGUCGUGGGGACCGAGUGUUUAUAUUCUCAACGAUUAUAAAGUUCCAGACGGGUUAAAUCUUGGCACAGUCCUGGUUGACAGUAUAACAAACAACACCAUUUUGAUUCACACAUUCUGUGUUCAUUCAGUAUGCAAUGGCACUGGGCAAAAGCCAUCUGGAGUUUUCAUGGUGACGAGUCCAGACUUUGGGUACAGUUGGUCCGAGCCUGUGAAUUUAGGAGAGAAGAACCCAAAGCUAAUGGACCUACAUUUUGAUCCUGGGCCCGGUUAUGGGAUUCAGAAACAACACCCUCCUCACAAAGGCAGACUGGUUACCUGUGGACAUUCUAAUGAUGCAAACGGUGCAGAUGAACGGUCAAUGUUGUGCCUUCAUAGUGAUGAUGGUGGUGUAAUAUGGAAUAUAAGCAUGGGAUUGGCUGGUCUCCCAUACGGACAGACAAAGAAAACUGGAGACUUUGUACCAGGUGAAGUUCAGAUUGUUGAGUUGAAGAAUGGGACAAUCCUUGCCAAUGUGCGGAAUACCUACAGCUAUCACUGCAAGUGUCGCAUCCAAGCAAUGAGCUUUGAUGGUGGAUCUUCAUUCCCCACGACCUCAAUUCAACUGAAAGAAGAACUACUAGAUCCCAACGUCUGUGGGUCAAUCCUCAACUUCAAUGAUGAUCAGUAUAUAUUCUUCAGCAACGCGUACAGUAUCGUUUCUCGGAUCAACCUCACGCUUCACUGGAGCACGGACGCUGGGAGUACCUAUCCAAAUCUUUUGAAUAUUUAUGGAAAAGGUAGUGGAUAUUCAUGCCUAACUUAUGUUGAUGAAAAUCACAUAGCACUGGUUUAUGAAAAAGAUGAUAUAAAGUUUAUUUCAUAUGUAAGGAUCCAGCUUAAUCUCUAGUCCUAUCGUCAAGUUUUUAGAGCAACCAGUUUAAAUCAUGAAACAGAAUUCCUGUUGUACUAGUAUCUGAUUCUUAGUUGUGUUGAAUAUACAUUGCAAUACCAAAGAAAAUAUUGACUGAUGAAAGCUUGGUACUUGGUACCUCUACAAAUUUUCAAAUGAAAAUACACAACUCCAUCAAUUUAGACACGUGAUUUAUCAUGUUCAUGUUUUGAUUUUGGCAAUUAUUAUAUGAAUGAGACUCUGACAUAUUCAAUCCAUCUGGCGAACAUGGAUACUACGCCAUAGUCUAACUUCGAAGUAUU